AAAAGAUGUUUUGGUAAUUAACUUACAGACAGUCUUAUGAAUUUUAGUGUAGUAAGACCACAGUGAUCAACACGUUGAAAAAUCAAUUGACAAAUUUGAGGAAAAUGCUGCUAUGAAAGUUAAGCGAUCGGCUGCAUAUUAGCUAAAGAAGCUAUCAACAUUGGAAAUCAAGGCAUACUGGUAGAGUUAUGUUGUGUAAAUUUUUUGGAAUAUCAUUACUUUAUUGCUGUGAAGAAUUUACCAAGGACAUAAACGAUUAAGAAUGGAACAUGCUAUAGAAAUAAUUCCAUGGUGCGAUUACCUAUCGUGCAAUACAACUAGGGCUUGGUGUGAUCGCGACGGUAGACUAGAUUUAUCAAAAGAAACUCCGGACAUAAAACACAGGAUAAAAUCAGAUAAAAAUGGUGCUGUAUUUAGAGUCUCCACAAAAUCUGAUUUAGAAGACAUUAGUAGUUUACUGCUUAGUAAAUAUAUAAUCUUAAGGGUGACUCUCAUUCAUACACAAGUUGGCAGCAGAUACGCAAGUGAUAGUGUAACCAUAUGGGAAGGCGACUAUGCAGUUAUUAUAAACACAAAGAAUUCCAAGGUCCAGAACCAGUUUGAUAAAGUGUUCACUGAUGCCAGAAUUAAUAUCGACACUGGAUGGAAUUACAGUGUAGAGAUUGACCUAUCGGAUAUUGUAGAAGCCUGGUAUUUACAGCACAAUGAAGUUCUUUCCGGUUGUGAUGAUUUUCAAACAACAAAAACAAAAAACUGUAGAAUAACAUUAACAAAUUAUAAACCGUAUAUGCAUUGUUUUGACUGUAGUCCGAGAUGGUGGUUGUUUUUUGGACCAUGUUGGUUGCUAUCCGCUCCUUGGUAUUUUUUGCACAGAAAGCUUAGCUGUAAAGAUACUCGAUACAGCCUGAUUGCUGACACGUCUCCAUACAGAGGUUAUGGUCAUAUGUUAGGACAAAGUGAUUCAAGACAUAGUAUAAAUACGCUGGUCAGUUACAAAUCAAGCGGAGACGUUACAACACUAAUUACAGAUAAUUCAACUAGUUAUGGGACGUUGUAAAUCAGAUGGAAAGUUAAUGUGUGAUCUGAGGACAAGAAUGAAAACUAUUGAUUGAAUUGGAAAUUACAGUACAUAUCAAACUUUGAGAUAUUUGAUGAUCGUUUAAAGAUCAUCUGAAUCACGUGAUAUAUAUGAACUGGUACUUUACUGUAUUUAAUUUAAAAAUCUGAA